AUGACUUUUCUAGAAUUUUUUCUUCUGGGAAGCAACAACUUUAGUGGAAGUAUUGAGGAAGGAUUAAAAAAUACAUCAAGAUUGUUUUUGGUUGCCUUGGACAUAUCCAACAAUAUGAUAUCAGGUAAAAUUCCUAGUUGGAUUGGAAGUAAAAAAGGCCUUCAAUAUGUCCAAAUGUCAAAAAAUCAUUUUUCAGGUGAACUUCCUGUAGAAAUGUGUUCGCUUUCUCAACUUAUAAUCUUAGAUGUUUCACAAAAUCAAUUGUUUGGUAAAGUACCCUCUUGCUUCAACUCUUCAUCAUUGGUUUUUAUGUACAUGCAAAGGAAUUACCUCUCAGGACCUAUACCACCUGUCUUAUUGUCUAGUGCCUCAAGCUUAAAAAUCCUUGAUCUUAGCUGCAAUCACUUUUCUGGACAUAUUCCUGAAUGGUUCGAGAAUUUUACAAGCUUGCGGGUUCUUUUGUUGAAAGAGAAUGAAUUGGAAGGUCCAAUUCCUCAACAGCUAUGCCAAGUUGAAGCAAUUAGUAUUAUGGAUCUUUCUAGCAAUCGACUCAAUGGAUCAAUACCUUCAUGCUUCAAUAAUAUAAUGUUUGGGAUCAUAAAAGGUAAUCAAACCACUCAAACUUUUAAUCCUCCUGGAGUCAUUACCUUUUCUUCUGAAGAUAGUGAUCCGGAUGCUGGUAAAGAAUAUUGUACCCCCUACACGACAUCAUGUCCUUCAACAACUAUAUUGAUUUUACCUGUCAUUCAAGUGGAAGUGGAUUUUACUACAAAACAUAGGUAUGAGAUUUACAAAGGGAAUGUUCUAAAUUAUAUGUCUGGACUUGAUUUGUCAAAUAACCAACUAAUAGGUGAUAUUCCUCAACAAAUUGGAGACUUGGUACAGAUUCAUGCCUUGAAUUUCUCUAACAAUAAGUUGGUAGGAAAUAUACCAAAAGCAUUAUCCAAUCUCAAACAACUUGAGAGCUUGGAUCUUUCAAAUAACUUAUUGAGUGGAAAUAUUCCUCCCGAACUUGCUACACUCGAUUAUCUAUCUAUCUUCAAUGUGUCGUACAACAAUCUGUCUGGUAUGAUUCCAACAGCACCACACUUCACGUAUCCUCCGAGCAGUUUCUAUGGAAAUCCUAAACUUUGUGGAUCAUAUAUUGAACACAAAUGCUCAAGCCCUGUUUUACCAACAGACAACCAAUAUGAAAAGUUGGAAUUAGAAGUAGAUGAUGGAGGAUUCAUUGAUUUAGAAGCAUUCUUUUGGAGCUUUGCAGCCUCUUAUAUCAUACUACUCUUGGGAUUUGUAGCUGUUCUAUGCAUAAACCCACAAUGGCGACAGAGAUGGUUAUAUUUUAUUGAAGAUUGCUAUUAUUUACUUUUGCAAGCUUACAUAAAAUGUAAAAAUUGA